AUGGAACAGCUGGCAGACUCAGCCAUUAAGCUGGUAAACACGAACGAUGCCUUGCUAGGCACAUUAGAAGGCCUUGAGAUUCUCAUACUCGAAGGCUUCUAUCAUAUAGAUGGCGGCAACAUCCGACGAUCCUGGAUCACGAUGCGCCGUGCUGUCAUGACAGCACAGCUAUUGGGCUUGCAUCGACCAGGUCAUUAUCGCUUCAAGGUCCUCAGCCAGCAGAACGAUCUUGAUCCUGCGGUCAUGUGGGCCAGUGUGGUUUCGACGGAGCAAUUUCUAUGCUUACUGCUAGGUUUGCCCACAAGCACUAGCGGUGCGAAUUUCACAAUCCCCAGAGCAACGAGCGCUCGUGUUGAAAGCGGCAACCUGCCUGUACUCAUUCCUGAUGUGGUGCGCAAGAUUAUCGAACGGAAUCAAAUGCACGCACCCCAGGAAGCACUUGUUAUGACUCAAGACAUCGAUCAAGAGCUCUUGAAGGUCACUGAGCAAUGGCCGCCUACAUUCUGGCGGCCAUUGGCACUUGCGGGUCUUCAGGUAGACUCGGCGGAUGCGUUCUCAGAAACUCGACGAGCUUGGGAUCAUAUAUUCUAUUACUCUUUAGUGAAUCAGCUUCACCUACCAUAUAUGCUAAACCCAAGAUAUGUGCCGCAGAGGUUGUACUCGAGAAUAGCCUGUGCAAAUGCCAGCCGUGAGAUUCUGAUUCGACAGAUUGCGAUCCGUACAUUUAACCCAGUCACGGCAGGCUGUCGGAUGAGCGACUUUGUGGCUCUGAUUGCGGGCAUGACACUGAUGCUGGCCCACAUCUUAAGCCACUGUAACAAGAGUACUGAUAACCUACUCAUACACCAGCGGAUGGGAGACCGGGCGAAGGUGGAGCGGUCUCUUGAGUGCAUGGAAUCCGUGUCGGAGCUGCAUGAGGAUGUUCUCACAGCAAAAUGUGCUGCCCUUCUCAAGAAUUUGUUAGACAUUGAAGCCGGGCCUACAGAAAGACAAUGCGAGUAUGGUCAAGAAGAGGACCAAGACGUGUUGAUAGUCAAGGUGCCGUACGUUGGUGCCAUCAGAAUUGCGCGAGACGAUAUUUCUAUUACCCCCUUCGACGCGGAACAGGAACAAGGUUCUCAUGAAGGUGUCACAAUUGGUGGCUUUGGUUCUAUUCAUGUCAGAACACCACACGACUCCGACCAUCAUGUUGAUGGGGCCACGCCCGAUGCUACAGCCCGGCCAUCAAGUGCGCAGGCAGUGGGGGCAUCGUCAGCAAGGAAUCACGGGAGACAAAUAGCCUCUGGAGAUACUUUUGUGCUGCCAGAAGAGACACCUCCUGAUGCCACUGCUGGCAUGGAAGAAUGGCUUUUCCAGGGUCUUGACACUGCAUUCUUUGAUUUGCUGAUGAGUGGAGCUGGAGAGCAGCCGCUGAACGGCGCUGACACUGAAGGAUGGAAUUCUAAUAAUUUCCCAUGA